AUGCUGGGCCCCUGCCGCGAGCGCGCCGCUGGGCGGGCGCUCUGGGCGGCCUGCCCGCUGGCGCUGCUCGUUCUGGCCGGGGGCCCGCUGUCCGGUGUUGGCCGGUGGCAGCGGGGGGCCGCGGGCAGGUCCGUCCUGGCGCCCACCUUGCGUCGCCCGCCGCCGCGCCGCAUGACUGCCGCCGCGGGCGCCAGCAGCGUAGGGCUCGCCGACAUAGGCGCCGCAGGGGGGCCCCUGGCAGCCAGCAGCGCGGCGGAGGUGUGGACAGUCCGCGUGCAGUCGGCCAUCAAGAAGUCCCGCGAGAUACGCGGAGGCAAUUACGUCCAGAUCGCCACCGUUGACGCAGACGGAGCUCCUCGCUGCCGCACCGUCGUGUUCCGCGGCUUCCAGUCUCUGGAGGGCACGCCGGUCCAGGCCAUGCGCAUGAUCACCGACGCCCGGAGCGAGAAGGUGGGCCAUGUGCAGCGCUCGCCGGCUUGCGAGUUGGUCUGGUGGUUCCCGGCCUCCUCGGAGCAGUACCGCGUGGCGGGGGAGCUGCAGCUGGUUGGGCCGGACGCGUCUGGGGAGCUACAGGGCGCGCGGCAGGGCGCGGUCGGAUUGUGGCUUACUCUGCGGGGCAAGUUCCGCCCCGCAAGCCGCGGCGACGGCAAGGGCUCCUGGGGCGGCACUGGCAAAGGCUCCUCCUGGGGCGACCGUGGCGGCGGCAAAGGCUCCGGGGGAUACGGCAAGGGCUCCAAUGACAGCAGGAAGGUGGCGCUCUCAAAAUUCGUGCCGAGCAGGGGCGGCGGCGAUUGGGGAAGACACCAGCGGCAGCAGCAGCAAUCGCAGCUGAAGGACGCGAAGUCCAACCGCGAGGCAGACUACUUCUGGGAGAAGCAGGGUCAGCUCGCGCGCAGCGGGCCGCCGCGCUCCCGCUCUGGCUGGCAGGAGGAGAAGGAGCUCUUCGACAACACCGCCCACACCGCCGGCAUCGACUUCGACAAGUACGACGGCAUCGCGGUCGACAUCUCCGGGAGAGGGGCGGAGGAGAUCCCGCCCAUCGACUGGUUCGACGACCUCUGGGAGCAGUACGAGCUGCCCGACUACCUGUGGGAGAACAUCAGUCGCUGCAAGUACAAGAGACCGACGCCUAUCCAGAGGUACGCGAUCCCUGUGGGGCUGAGCGGCCGGGACGCCAUGUGCUGCGCGCAGACGGGCUCGGGCAAGACGUGUGCCUUCCUGGUGCCCAUCCUCAGCUGCAUCGAUCCCAGCCAGGCAACUGGCGCCAUCGGGGUCGAGGUGGGCGAGGCUGCCGCCCCCAAGGCGGUCGUGCUGGCGCCCACGCGCGAGCUGUGUUCGCAGAUCUUCCUGGAGGCGCGCAAGCUGUCCUUCAAGUCGACCGUGAGGGUCAGCGAGGUCUACGGUGGUUGA